AUGGCGAAUUCGGACAAAGUUGAACAAAACCGUGCAGAGAGCGUGGUGGAUGAUCCCAAAACCGAUGCCGUCGUUCUCAAGUCGGGCAAUGAUAUACUCGGGACUUUUGCUACCGUGAAAAAGUUUUGGAAAGCGGUUCUUAUUUGUAAUUUGCUCUGCAUCGCAGCGGCAUGUGACGGAUAUCAGAUCAACUUGAAUGGCAAUAUCAUUGCAAACCAAGGCUUCACGCACCAUGUCGGCUUCCGAAACAGUAAAGGUGUUUAUACGCUGCAUGCAAAUUAUACCGCACUUUGGGGUGCAAUGCAAUCGCUGGGUCAACUCAUUGGCAUGGUUCUCAUGAACCCUAUCUCGGAUAUUAUCGGGCGUAAGAUGACAUUGUACGCGAUUUGGAUCAUCCUCGUUGCUUCGAUCAUUGUCGAAACUUUGGUUCGCGACUGGAGAGACUGGGCUGGAGCCAAAGUUCUAGCGGGCAUUGGUAUCGGCGCACUUCAGGCUACACUUCCUGUUUAUGUUACAGAGUGGUCUCCGGUCAAUAUUCGAGGAGCUAUGAUAGUCUGUUACGGCUUUUGGACCGUUAUUGGGAAAUUUCUCGCGAAUCUUGUCUUGAUGCUCGUCCAACAGACCAACCCAAUGAACUACAAGGUUCCGAUCCUUACGCAGUGGGGUUUUGUUGGCAUGAUGCUACCAAUUUUCCUUUGGCUACCUGAGACACCUGCUUAUUACGCUGAGCGUGACUUGCACGAGGCUGGUAAGAAAACCCUUGCGCGAGUGAACGGUAAGGUUGAAGGUUACGACAUUGAGGUCGAAUACGCAAUUAUCCUAAAUACAAUCCGGGAGGAGAAAUAUGCACGAAGCCAAGCUGGAGAGGACAACAUGACAUUUUCGAAGAUAGCAUAUUCCUAUAUUGAGUGCUUUCAACGGGCAAACGUCCGUCGUACUCUUGGGUCCACACUUCCAGGCUGCGCCCAACAGCUUGCUGGCUUAUCCUUCUUGAACACAUAUGCCAGUCUCUUUUUCAAGCAAAGCGGCUUUCAGAAUGCAUUCCUUAUCACGACUAUCAUGUGUUCGAUUCAAUUGUUUACCGCGAUUUGCCUUAUAUUCUUUACAGAUCGGUUUGGUCGUCGAAAUAUGGUCUUUACUUCUGUCAUAAUCUGCACAGCUACUCUACUUAUCGUAGGAGUCCUUGCUUUCGUAGAAAAGACAACAGCAGUGAAGAACUUCCUGAUAUUUGUGGCUUGCACCUGGGCGUUCGCCAAUGCAACUGUCGGAAGUCUGGGUUAUGCUUUCGUAGGUGAGGUUGCGUCCCAAAAGCUACGCGCCCGAACUGCAGGCGUCGCCAGUGGACUUUCAGUCAUCUUCGGCCUUACAUUCAACACCUCCCUGCCAAUCAUACUGGACGUAAACGGUGCCAACUGGGGCUACAAGACAGCGUGGCUCUUCUUUGGAACCGGUCUUGCAGUUUGUAUUGCUCUGUAUUUUUUCCUGCCCGAAUGCUCCCGCAGAAAUGCUGCCGAAAUUGAUGAGAUGUACGAGAAGAAUGUGCCGGCGUGGAAGAUGCACCGAUACGUUACGGAUAUUCAAGCAAUGCAUCAGGUUCGCACGUAA